AUGUCUCUGGACUUCAGCCGCUUGGACCUCACGAACGGUGAUGCGCCGGAUGGUCAUAUUCGCAAGACGGCCGUCCAGACGGUGGCGGCUGUUUUCCUGCCUAUUGCGUCGAUUGCGGUGAUUCUGCGCUGCUAUGUGAGGGGGUGGCUGAUCAAGGGGUUUGGGUGGGAUGAUUGGGCGAUGGUGGUUGCGAUGUGUUUCUACGCGAUGUUUUGCGCGUGCAUGAUAGGCGGCACGUUAUACGGGACAGGGCAUCGGUUUGCGGUGAUAGAGCCGCAGGAUCGAGUCACGGCCAUGCGGUUCUGGUGGCUGUGCGAAAUCGCCUACUGCUUCUCGUCCGUCGGGUGCAAGAUCUCCGUCUGCAUUUUCCUGAUGCGCAUCACCAUCAAGCGCAUUCAUAUUUGGAUCCUCUACUCCGUCAUGGCCAUGACCGUCAUCACGGGCUUCGUCUUCAUGCUCAUCAUGCUGCUGCAGUGCACGCCCGUCGAGUACUUUUGGACGCGGACCGCCCUGGACCCAACGACCAAGGGCCACUGCAUCAACCACGAUAUUGUGAUCGCCAUGACAUAUGUGUACAGUGUGUUUGCCGGAACGUGCGACUUUACCGUCGGUAUCCUGCCGAUUUUCCUCGUCAGCAGCUUGCAGAUGCGCCGCAAGACCAAGGUCGCUGUUGUGGGCAUUCUCAGCAUGGCUUGCAUCGCCUGCUCCGCCGUAAUCGUCCGCAUCCCCUUCGUGCAAACCUUCUCUAACCCCGACUUCCUCUACGCAACCUUCGAAAUCGCAAUCUGGUCCAACGUCGAAGCCGGCCUCGGCAUCACCGCCGGCUCCCUCGCAACCCUCCGCCCCCUCCUCCGCCACUGGAUGGGCUCGUCAAACGACCCUUCCUAUACGCGCGGCACCCCCUCCCCCUUCCCCGGACGCUCAGGAUCCCGCCUCCCCGGCCUGAGCGGCGGCACAGGCCGCGACCGCGCCUUCCCCCUCGGCUCCCUAGACGACAGCAACCGGCUGCGUCCUGAUAAACUCGCGCUAACCGUGACGACCGUGCAGACGCAGCACGACCCCGAGGACCGCUGGCCUGUCCUGAGUAGCGGGAAUAGCAGCGAGGAGCGGCUGACGAGCGAGAAUCAACGGAAUGCGCAGGGGGGUGGUGGGGGUGGAAGGUCUGGAUCUGGGACGCCGCCGCGGGCGAGCUCGGAGCGGAAUGGCGGGCAUGGGCAUGGGCAUGGGCUUGGAGGGAUUCACCAGGUCAUUGAGGUGACGCAGACGAGCACGGAUUUGCGGAGCACGAGUGUCAAGGAGCAUGUUUAG